AUGUCUUCAUCCAUUAAGAAUCAGCAACUUUGGUUCAGACCAAUUCGAAGCUCUCUGAUUGAGUUAACUGCUACUAUUGACAUAGAGUGCCAGAACUUGGUCCGCAGUUUGGUGUCAUUCUGGGCAAGAGAAAGCAUUAUUUCCUUUGAGAAAAAUGAUGAAGUGGUUUGUAUCAACAAGAUAUGGAAAGACUUGGUGGUCUAUAGAGUCUGGUUCUCUGUUGACAGCAGCCAUGAUCAAGCAAACAAUCUUGCUGUGUUCAAUGAUGCAAGAGAGUAUGAAUUUAUUUUUAAAUUCAUCUCUCAAACUGUUAACAGAGUGAUCAGACUCUUUGCAACUAUCAACUGUCUUUCUGAUGUUUAA